AUGAUCGAAGACGACAUCUACCGCACAUCCUCCCAGUUCCGACUAUGGUCUUACACACAAAGCUCACUGAAGUCUCUACGCACCACGACCAACCAUAUCGCAAGCGAGCGAGUACGUGCCGCGCUGCGUCGAGCUCGAGAACGCCACCUCUCUGCCACACCUUCUGCGACAGGAACACCACAGCCAGGAAGUGACGCCGAAGACAGAGAUAUCGAAUGCUUGACACCCGAAGAAGAGCUUGUCCUGGUUCGAUACUACUGUGAAAAGACAGUCGAACUCGGCGACACAUAUAGGCCACCACUCCCCACGAAUGUCCGCGCCACCGCAAUCCAAUACCUCCGCCGCUUCUACCUCACGAACUCCCCGAUGACCUACCACCCAAAAUCCAUCAUGGCCUGUGCCCUCUUCGUCGCCACAAAGACAGACAACUACUACAUGUCCCUCCGGCAAUUCGCCGAAGGUAUCCCCGGCGACACAACAGCGGACGAUGUCAUCGCCCCGGAAUUCCUGCUCAUGCAAGGCCUCCGCUUCACAUUCGACGUCCGCCACCCAUUCCGCGGCCUCGAAGGCGGCGUCAUGGAACUCUCAGCCAUCGCCCAAGGCCAGGGUAAACCGGCGCCCCAUCUACCACACCACACACCCGAAAGCCUCAAGCAGGGAAUACUCUCGCUCGCACUGCCGCCUGUUCCAUGUACAUCAAUCACAGACCGUAUCGGCCGCGCCCACGGUGCUACACGCGAACUCCUCAAAUCCGCCGCGCAAAUGACGGACGCAUACUUCCUCUACACACCCUCCCAAAUCUGGCUAUCAGCCUUCCUCCUCGCCGACAAACCCCUCGCCGAAUUCUACCUGGACACCAAACUCGGCGGUCCCCUCGAACAAACCACCACCGACAGUCCAUCUCCCCUGCAAAACCCGCUCUACGAGCUCCGCACAAAACUACUCAACGUGCUCACGGACUGCGGCGCGCUUUUGCAAUCGUACACGCCCCUCUCGUCGGACCCGGAUCAGAUGAAGAGUCUUAAACGGAUUGCGAAGAAAUUGUAUCAUUGCCAGAAUCCGGAGAAGGUUAAUUUGAAGCGUGAUUCUGCGGUGCCGAGGUCGACGCCUGCUGGGGAUGCGGGGACGGCUACGUCCGAGAGUGAGACGGAGAGGUUGGCGAAGAAGAGGAAGUUGGAGAUGGAGCAGAAGCAGCGGGGGACACAGGAUAUGUUUGGGCCCGAGUUGGUGGCGGGUCGGACGAAGCAUUGA